CGGGAUUGGGGGAUGGGCGGCAGCGAGGGAGGGGCGCGCGCGCGCGAGAGAGCGAGCAGGCGGCGGUUAACCUGUAACCGCCAUUUGCGUGGCGCGAGGGAGGCAACAAGUUGGAGCGGGACAUCGACGGAGGAAAGUGAAGCUGCUAUUCUAAACAAACCACCGAAAGACUUUCUUCUGCUGAAACCGAAUUAUUUCCGAGUAGUGCGGACUACAAAAUCUGCUGAGGUGAAGUUGAUCAUCCUGGUGAAGUGAAUUCUCCGACUGGAAGUUUUUGGUGAAAUUAACCGAGAGAGUGCGGGGUUUUGUUUGUGCGCUUGCCUUGUCUCCCGGCUUCACUGUUGCUGCUCCAUCCCGGGCCCGUGUUGCUGCUGGGAUCUUGCCGUGUCAUGCCGACGAGAGUGGAUGACACCAUGGAGUAUGGAACAGGUGACUCGAUCAAAGUGAAAGCUCACUACAAAGGGGAUAUGCUCAUCACAAACCUUGACGCAACAAUUACUUAUGAUGGAAUGUGUUCUGAAGUGAGGGAUAUGUGCAAUUUACAACUGAAUCAGCCAAUUACACUGAAAUGGAUUGACAAUGAAGGAGACCCAUGCACAGUUUCUUCCCACAUGGAGCUGGAGGAAGCGUUUCGUCUAUACAACCAGAAUGGUGAAUCCGGCCUCAUUAUUCAUGUUUUUCCCAGCAUUCCCGAACAGCCAGGCAUGGCAUGCCCAGGAGAGAACAAAUCAAUCUAUAGGCGUGGGGCAAGAAGAUGGCGGAAGCUCUACCGUGUGAAUGGCCAUCUAUUCCAGGCCAAACGAUUUAACAGAAAGGCCUACUGUGGAUACUGCAGUGAAAGGAUAUGGGGUCUCGGCAGGCAAGGUUACAAGUGUAUCAACUGCAAGUUGUUGGUCCAUAAACGCUGCCACAGACUUGUUCCUUUGACCUGCCAAAGGCACAUGGAUCCGGUCAUGCCCUCUCCGGAACCUCCAAUUGAAGGCAAGACUGAUGAAGUUGACAUUCCUUCAGAAGACCCCGAUGGAAUUGUUCCAUUCUUGCCACAUAGUCGGACGAAAUUGGACAAGGUCACAGAUGAUUCAGAGGACCUCAAGCCAGUCGUUGAUGGUGUUGAUGGAAUCAAGAUUUCUUCAGUGCUGGGUUUACAAGAUUUUGAUCUUAUACGUGUCAUUGGACGAGGCAGUUAUGCUAAAGUUCUUCUUGUGCGUUUGAAGAAAAAUGACUGUAUUUAUGCAAUGAAAGUUGUAAAGAAGGAACUGGUCCAUGACGAUGAGGAUAUUGACUGGGUACAGACAGAAAAGCAUGUGUUUGAACAGGCCUCCAGUAACCCAUUUCUUGUUGGUCUUCAUUCUUGUUUCCAAACAGAAAGCAGGUUGUUUUUGGUUAUAGAAUAUGUCAACGGUGGCGACCUCAUGUUUCAUAUGCAACGUCAAAGGAAGCUUCCCGAAGAACAUGCCAGAUUUUAUGCCGCUGAAAUUUGUAUUGCUCUUAACUUCCUUCAUGACAAAGGAAUCAUAUACAGGGACUUGAAACUGGACAAUGUUCUCCUGGAUUCUGAUGGCCACAUCAAAUUAACCGAUUAUGGAAUGUGCAAGAUUUCACAAAUCCAACCUCCGCAGUUUUGGGGACAGAGCCUUCUCCAGGGCAGCUCCCAGGCUCUGGAACUCCCUCCACCAACUGAUCCGCAAUUCCGUGUCCCUCACCAUCUUCCAGUCCCGCCUCAAGACCGAUCUCUCCACCUCAGCCUAUCCUUAGCCCCACGUCCCCCUCCCUUUUCAUCUGUGCUUGAAUUGCCUCAUAUUGUGUUUCGAAUUGAAUUCUGUCUUUAAUUUGUGUACUAGUCAUGUCUCUACUAUUUAUUUCAUUCCGCUUACAUGUUUUUCCUCUACUUGCUAAAUUUUUGUAAGGUGUCCUUGAGAAUCUUGAAAGGCGCCCAUAAAUAAAAUGUAUUAUUAUUAUUAUUAUGAAAUAGACAUUAUACAAUUUUGGAAAUAUGCAGAACAAAGUAGUAAUUAUUGACCCUGAAUCAAAUUCAUUACUUCAUUGGGUCACCUUGUUACACAUAAAUUACUAUGUACCACACAGAAGUUUUCUAUUUUUGAGAAAUCGGCAGAGUGGAGGGAAACAUAGAAACAUAGAAAAUAGGUGCAGGACUAGGCCAUUCGGCCCUUCGAGCCUGCACCGCCAUUCAGUAUAAUCAUGGCUGAUCAUCCAACUCAGUAUCCCAUCCCUGCCUUCUCUCCAUACCCCCUGAUCCCUUUAGCCACAAGGGCCACAUCUAACUCCCUCUUAAAUAUAGCCAAUGAACUGGCCUCAACUACAUUCUGUGGCAGAGAAUUCCACAGAUUCACCACUCUCUGUGUAAAAAAUGAUUUUCUCAUCUCGGUACUAAAGGACUUCCCUCUUAUCCUUAAACUGUGACCCCUAGUUCUGGACUUCCCCAACAUCGGGAAUAAUCUUCCUGCAUCUAGCCUGUCCAACCCCUUAAGAAUUUUGUAAGUUUCUAUAAGAUCCCCCCUCAAUCUUCUAUGUCCUAGCGUGUACAAGCCGAGUCUAUCCAGUCUUUCUUCAUAUGAAAGUCCUGCCAUCCCAGGAAUCAAUCUGGCGAACCUUCUCUGUACUCCCUCUAUGGCAAGAAUGUCUUUCCUCAGAUUAGGAGACCAAAACUGAACACAAUACUCCAGGUGUGGUCUCACCAAGACCCUGUACAACUGCAGUAGAACCUCCCUGCUCCUAUACUCAAAUCCUUUGGCUAGGAAUGCUAACAUACCAUUUUCUUUCUUCACUGCCUGCUGCACCUGUAUGCUUUCUUUCAAUGACUGGUGUACCAUGACACCCAGGUCUCGUUGCAUCUCCCCUUUUCCUUAUCGUCCACCAUUUAGAUAAUAGUCUACCUUCCUGUUUUUGCCACCAAACUGGAUAGCCUCACAUUUAUCCACAUUAUACUGCAUCUGCCACGCAUUUGCCCACUCACCCAACCUAUCCAAGUCACCUUGCAGCCUCCUAGCAUCCUCCUCCCAGCUAACACUGUCCCCCAGCUUAGUGUCAUCCGCAAACUUGGAGAUGUUGCAUUCAAUCCCCUCAUCCAGAUCAUUAAUAUAUAUUGUAAAUAGCUGGGAUCCCAAAGCUGAGCCUUGCGGUACCCCACUAGUCACUGCCUGCCAUUGUGAAAAGGACCCGUUUACUCCUACUCUUUGCUUCCUGUCUGCCAGCCAGUUCUCUAUCCACAUCAAUACUGAACCCCCAAUACCGUGUGCUUUAAGUUUGUAUACUAAUCUCUUAUGUGGGACCUUGACGAAAGCCUUCUGAAAGUCCAGAUAUAACACAUCCACUGGUUCUCCCUUCUCCACUCUACUAGUUACAUCCUCGAAAAAUUCUAAAAGAUUCGUGAGACAUUAUUUACCUUUCAUAAAUCCAUGCUGACUUUGUCCAAUGAAUUCACCACUUUCCAAAUGUGCGGCUAUCCCAUCUUUAAUAACUGACUCCAGAAUUUUCCCCACCGCCGAUGUUAGACUAAUUUGUCUGUAAUUCCCCAUUUUCUCUCUCCUUCCCUGUUUAAAAAGUGGGGUUACAUUAGCAAUUUAUCCGGCCUGGGGAUUUAUCGCCCUUUAAUCCAUUCAAUUUACCUAACACCACUUCCUGGCUAACCUGGAUUUCACUCAGUUCCUCCAUCUCAUUUAAUCCCCGGUCCCUUGCUAUUUCCGGCAGAUUAUUCAUGUCUUCCUUAGUGAAGACAGAACCAAAGUAGUUAUUCAAUUGGUCUGCCAUGUCCAUGUUCCCCAUGAUCAAGUCGCCUGUUUCUAACUGCAAGGAACCUACAUUUGUUUUAACUAAUCUAUUCCUCUUCACAUAUCUAUAAAAGCUUUUGCAGUCAGUUUUUAUGUUCCCUGCCAGUUUUCUUUCAUAAUCUAGUUUCCUUUCCUAAUUAAGCCUUUUGUCCUCCUCUGCUGGACUCUGAAUUUCUCCCAGUCCUCUGGUAGGCUGCUUUUUCUGGCUAAUUUGUACGCUUCAUCUUUUGUUUUGAUACUAUCCCUGAUUUCCCUUGUUAUCCCCAGUUACACUACCUUCCCUGAUUUAUUAUUUUGACAAACUGGGAUGAACAAUUGUUGUAGUUCAUCCAUGCUGUCUUUAAAUGCCUUCCAUUGCAUAUCCACCGACAACCCUUUAAGAAACAAUUGCCAGUCUAUCUUGGCCAAUUCACGUCUCAUACCCUCAAAGUCACAUUUCUUGCAAUUCAGGACGCUUGUUUCUGAAUUAACAAUGUCACUAUCCAUCCUAAUGAAGAACUCAACCAUAUUAUGGUCACUCUUGCCCAAGGGGCCACGCACAACAAGACUGCUAACUAACCCUUCCUCAUUACUCAAUACCCAGUCUAGAAUAGCCUGCCCUCUCGUUGGUUCCUCCACAUGUUGGUUUAGAAAACUAUCCCACAUACAUUCCAAGAAAUCCUCUUCCUCAGCACCCCUGCCAAUUUGAUUCACCCAAUCUAUAUGUAGAUUGAAGUCACCCAUUAUAACUGUUUUACCUUUGUUGCAUGCAUUUCUAAUUUCCUGUUCGAUGCCAUCCCCAACUCCACUACUACUGUUAGGUGGCCUGUACACAACUCCCACUAAGGUUUUCUGCCCCUUAAUGUUUCGCAGCUCUACCCAUAUCGAUUCCACAUCCUCCAAGCUAAUGUCCUUCCUUUCUAUUGUGUUAAUCUCCUCUCUAAUCAGCAACGCUACCCCGCCUCCUUUUCCUUUCUGUCUAUCCCUCCUGAAUAUUGAAUAUCCCUGGAUGUUCAGCUCCCAGCCUUGGUCACCCUGGAGCCAUGCCUCCGUGAUCCCAACUAUAUCAUAUUCAUUAAUAACUAUCUGCACAUUCAACUCAUCCGCCUUAUUACGAAUGCUCCUUGCAUUGAGAUACAAAGCCUUCAGGCUUGUUUUUACAACAUUCUUACCCCUUAUACAAAUGUUGAAAAGUGGCCCUUUUUGAUUUUUGCCCUUGAUUUGUCUGCCUGCCAUUUUUACUUUUCACCUUGCUACCUAUUGCUUCUUCCCUCAUUUUACACCCCUCUGUCUCUCUUCUCUUGCACCCACCCCUCCACCACAUUAGUUUAAAUCCUCCCCGACUGCACUAGCAAACACUCCCCCAAGGACAUUGGUUCCAUCCGGUCCGUCGUGAUUGUACUGGUCCCACCUCCCCCAGAACUGGUUCCAAUGCCCUAGAAAUUGGAAUCCCUCCCCCUUGCACCAUUUUUCAAGCCACGUAUUAAUCUGCAAUAUCCUCCUAUUUCUACUCUGACUAGCCCGUGGCACUAGUAGUAAUCCAGAUAUUAUUGCCUUUGCGGUCCUACUUUUAAGUUUAUCUUCUAGCUCCCUAAAUUCACCUAAUAGGACCUCAUCCCUUUUUUUACCUAUAUCAUUGGUGCCAAUGUGCACCACGACAACUGACUGUUCACCCUCCCCCUCCAGAAUGUUCUGCAGCCGUUCAGUGACAUCCCUGAUCCUUGCACCAGGGAGGCAACAUACCAUCCUGGAGUCUCGUUUGCGGCCGCAGAAACACCUAUCUUUUCCCCUGACAAUUGAAUCCCCUAUUACUAUUGCCCUUCCACUCUUUUUUCUCCCCUCCUGUGCCGCAGAGCCACCCAUGGUGCCAUGAACUUGGCUGCUGCUGCCUUCCCCCGAUGAGCAAUCUCCCCCAACAGUAUCCAAAAUGGUAUACCUGUUUAGGAGGGAGAUGACUGCAGGGGACUCCUGCACACCUGCCUACUGGCCACCUGUUCCCAUUCUGUCCUCUUACCUUUUACCUGCGCUGUGACCAACUCACUGUACGUGCUAUUCACGACUUUCUCAGCAUCGUGGAUGCUCCAGUAUGAAUCCAACUGUUGCUCCAAUCGUUCAAUGCGGUCUGCCAGGAGCUGCAGCUGGACACACUUCCUGCAAACGUAGUCACCAGGGACGCCGACCAUAUCCCUGAUCUCCCACAUGUUGCAGGCUGAGCAAACCACGGGGCCAAUCUCCACAGACAUGACUUACCCCCAAAUUAAAUCACUCCCUCACACUAUAAAAAUCUUUAUCCUUUAAACUGUACCUUUACUAAUAAAUACUGUAUACUGUACCCUUAACUCACUGAACCCUUAACCUGAAAGCUGAAAUGCAAACCUGGGGUUGCACCCAAUCAGCUGCUUCCUCUGGUCCGCUUCCACCAAUUAGAGGCUUCCACCAGACCCCUUCUCUGGAAGUGUGAUGGAACGCUGCAGAUUGGGUAACUCCUCCUCUCACUCCAACGGCUCCCCGGGCCUCUGUGAAGGCAAGCCCCGCGCUCGAUUUUAACUCACCGCCCAGGUAACUCCUCCUCUCACUCCAACGGCUCCCCAUUGGAGUGAAGCUCUGUUUUACUUGAAAAGAGGCUUUUUCCAAGGAACAUUUGAAAAGCAGGCAUUUGAUUAGCCAAGGAAGUGACAUAGCAGCCAAUAAAAGGUAGAGAAGAUUUAUCAGAGCGGCCAAUGUGGAGCGGCCGUGUUGAGGUGCAGUGUUGUGUUGAGGGAAAGACCUGAGGUAAUUGCACGUUAAGGUAUGUUCUUUCUGGGUAAUUUAUCCUACGUUUUUGGGUGUUGUAGAUAUGACAGGUGGGAUAGUGGAAUGGUCCUCCAGCAGGAUGUUGGGAGCCAGGGGCAUUUCCAGUGACCAUGGAGACUACCCCUGUGGUAAGUGCAUCCUGCUGCAGCUCCUUGACGACCGCAUUAAGGACUGGAGCUGCAGCAGGAUGAGCAUGGGUUUAUCCGGAGAUGUGAGAGUGACAUGGAUAGGAAUUACAGUGAGGUGGUCACGCCUAAGGUGGAGGCGGGAAAUCGAUGAUGACCAGCACGAAAGGCAGAGAGUCCAGCUAUCCUCUUGGACCUUUCCCACCCACAAGAGGUAUGUAUGCUCCCUAGGAUACUGAGGCUGUUAGGGAAGAGCAGCGGCAGACCAGUGAUCUGCCCUGUAAUGUUGGGCUUGACUCUGAGGCAUAGCGGGUAAGGGAAAAGAAAAAAAACAGAUCACUGUUGUAGAUCAACUUCUUCUAUUUGAUCUAUUUGUUUGUGCACGUUGGGUUGAUUGCAUUAGUCUAAAUAGGAUGGAGCACGUGAAGGAUGCAAUCUCCCACCCCUGAUAGUUAGUUAGGGGCACAGAUAAGAUAUUCUGUGGCAGUAAACAGGAUCCCAGUAUGGUGUGUUGCCUCCUUGAUGCUCGGGUCCAGGAUGUCUCCGAGCAGUUACAGAAGAUUGUCC